UAAAGGCAUGCCAGCUACAGCAUUCAAGAGGGCCGUUCCUUAACAAAGGGAAAGAGAUAAAUGUAAAUAAGCUCACAUUUUCAGAAUGAGCAGUUUGCUGUAAGAAGCUUCGGCAGCCCAGAGUCUGCUACUUUGGGCUGGGCUAAACUUUCCCUCUAAAAAAGAAUAAUAGAUUAAAAUAUGCACUUCUAAAGUGCGAGUUGCCCGUUUACAUGUUUAUUAGCUAAUUGUCUACAGGCAUGAGCACACUCUCUCAUCUAGCACACUCUUUCUUGGGGAAUACUGCUCUCUGGAGGAGUGUGAAAAUCAAUUCUCCUUAAUGUUAAGCAUCCAUUGGAGGAAAUCUCUAACAACAGUACCUCCAGAAAGUUCAUUGAUCACCCAAGUUUUGGAUAAAAUUGGUUCCAGAAUUUGGUUUGAACUAAUGUGGAGGAAAACAUUUCCUACCAGUCCUUAGUCUCAGAGUGCUGAACCCUGCAGCCAGCAGGCCUCCUGACAAAAAUCCAUGGGUGACAGAAGAUUCAUUGACUUCCAAUUCCAAGAUUUAAAUUCAAGCCUCAGACCCAGGUUGGGCAAUGCUACUGCCAAUAAUACUUGCAUUGUUGAUGAUUCCUUCAAGUAUAAUCUGAAUGGUGCUGUCUACAGUGUUGUAUUCAUCCUGGGUCUGAUAACCAACAGUGCCUCUCUGUUUGUCUUCUGCUUCCGCAUGAAAAUGAGAAGUGAGACGGCUGUUUUCAUCACCAAUCUGGCCCUCUCUGAUUUGCUCUUUGUCUGCACUCUACCUUUCAAAAUAUUUUACAAUUUCAACCGCCACUGGCCUUUUGGUGACACCCUCUGCAAGAUCUCUGGGACUGCAUUUCUAACCAACAUCUAUGGGAGCAUGCUCUUCCUUACCUGUAUUAGCGUGGAUCGUUUCCUGGCCAUUGUCUAUCCCUUCCGAUCUCGUACCAUUAGGACCAGGAGGAAUUCUGCCAUUGUGUGUGCUGGAGUCUGGAUCCUAGUCCUCAGUGGUGGUAUUUCAGCCUCUUUAUUCUCCACCACUAAUGUCAACAAUGCAACCACCACCUGCUUUGAGGGCUUCUCCAAACGUGUAUGGAAGACUUAUCUGUCCAAGAUAACCAUAUUUAUUGAAGUUGUUGGUUUUAUCAUUCCUUUGAUACUGAAUGUCUCUUGCUCUUCUGUGGUGCUAAAAACCCUCCGUAAGCCUGCUACACUGUCUCAAAUUGGGACCAAUAAGAAAAAAGUGCUGAAGAUGAUCACAGUGCAUAUGGCAGUCUUUGUGGUAUGCUUCGUACCCUAUAACUCCGUCCUCUUCCUGUAUGCCCUAGUGCGCUCCCAAGCCAUUACCAAUUGCUUGUUGGAAAGAUUUGCAAAGAUUAUGUACCCAGUCACCUUGUGCCUUGCAACUCUGAACUGUUGCUUUGACCCUUUCAUCUAUUACUUCACCCUUGAGUCCUUUCAGAAGUCCUUCUACAUCAAUACCCAUAUCAGGAUGGAGUCUCUGUUUAAGACUGAAACACCUCUGACCACAAAGCCUUCCCUUCCACCUAUUCAAGAGGAAGUUAGUGAUCAAACAACACAUAAUGGUGGUGAAUUAAUGCUAGAAUCCACCUUCUAGUUUCAGGUGUGCAGAAGACCUGAAUAGACAUUUUUCCAAGGAAGAUGUUCAACAGGCACAUGAAAAGAUGCUCAGCAUCACUAAUCAUCAGGGAUAUGCAAGUCAAAUGAGAUACCACCUCACAUCUAUCAGAAUGGCUAUUAUUAAAAAGACAAGAAACAAGAAAUGUUGGCGAGGAUGUGGAGAAAAAGGAACCUUCAACUUUGCCUUUAUUUGUGGGCACCCAGAGACAAUUUUCUUUUAUCUUCCCUCCAUCCUUCAAGAAAGAACUUAUUAAAGUAUAUUUGUUCUCAAA